AAAGGCCUCUUUAAGUGUACUUUCUUGAAUGAAGUGGGCCGACUUCUGCUACCAGUGUGAAGUUUGGGCUUUCCUCCAAAAAUAGGCCCAACUUCUUCAAGCCCAGAGUCCACUUCAUAGCGUCAUACAUGGAGACUUGACUGCCUGACUGACUGACUGACUGACUAUCAGUUUCACAAUGACAAUGGCAAGAAAACCGGCCUGGGCUGGGCUGCAACUUUUUGCCAAUCAAACAUACUCAAAAUCAUCCCACCUCGCUUGGGAACUAUUUUAAAAUUUAGGCAGAGGUCAGCCACCUCCUGAUCACCGCGGAACGGCGGAAUAAAAGAUGAUGUCGCGACGCAAGCAGAGUUGGGGAUCAAGACCGGCUCUGCUGCCAGCCCACACCAACUGACCAACAUCACUACCGACGUCAAGCAGCCUAUUAGAAGAUCGGCAGCAGCUGCCUAUUUAAACAAAAAAAAAGCAGCUCCUCUGCUGGCUCGCUCGCUCGCUCUUAUUCCGGGGGCAGAAUUUAGAUCAGAAAGAGAACACACUGAAAAACACAGAGACUUUGAUUUCAUUUUUCUUCCCUGGGCUGGGGCUGGAGGUGGAGGUGGAGCAGCAGAAGCCAUCAGCUGAAAAGGACGGAUCAUCAUUUAUAAAGACCAGACCAGGUCAGUUUUCUCUCAAUUAAUCUCUCAAUCAUAAUCAAUUUCUCAUCUUCAGACGCAGACAUCCCCUCUCCACAUCAAUAACAUUCCCUCUUUCCACAAACAAGCAAAACCAAAACUGAAACGUCUUUUUCUCAGAGAUUCAUAACCAACCUGUGCAGAUCCUACUGGAUGGAACCCUGCUUCAAAAAAUAAAAUUAGAACCACAAAAAAAUAGAAACGAACCCAGAAGGGUAAAAACAACUCAUCGGCGGGGUGCCGCGCCGCCGCUCUCCUCUGCUUCCUCCCUUUCUGCAGAUCCAUCGGCCCCCUCGCACCCAAAGGAAGAUAAAAAUUAAAACCAAAUCAUAAGUCAGAAUACACUAGGCAAAAAGUGAAUCAAUAGAAAAGAAAACAACCAAAAUCGAAUGAAGGAGGCCUACCCAGAGACCACAUACCAGGGCUCUCUCUCUCUCGGCGCCCUUUCUUCUUUCACGGUCAGCAUCGUUUCCAGUGACGGUAGAAAGAGAGAGACAGGGGAGCUAGAAUAGAUUGGUGUUCUUCUCUCUUGUUGUUACUUCAUUUCCUUAGAAAAUACGAUGUGGGGGAGAAGAGGACAUCACGAGAACAAGAAGAAGAAUGAAGAGAGGCGGCGGCGGUCGGUCGGUCGGAGGGUUAGAUGGAGGAGGCUAUGGUUUCGGUUCAGAGCUACCGAAACGGAGAGGAAGAACGAAGAAGAAGACUUUCCAAGGAGGAAGCUGGAUUGGGAUGGGAUUACAUAUAUAGAUAGCUCUAUUUACCCUUUUGCCCCUCCAUUUCCCGGAAAUUACAAUCUUCCCACCUCCCCCUGCUUUGGUGAAAAGGCGAAGGAAGCGAGGCUAAGGCUGAAGGUAAUAAGAUAUCAUGGCCUCCAGCUAGGGCUGCAAAUGAGCCGAGCUGAGCCGAGUUUUACUCUAGGUUGAGCUUGGCUCGUUAACAAAUGAGCUGAGCUGGAGCCCGAGCCAUUUAUUAACGAGCCGAGUCGAGUUCGAACUAGGCUUGUUUACUAAAUUCUUAGAUCGUAUUUAAUACAUUCAUUUUGUAUGUCGUGUAUGAUACAUGUGAUUGAUGUAGCGAUAAAAAAAUAAUCAAAUGUUCAACAUUAAUUAAUCUUAUAUUAUAAUUUUUAGGUGUCAUAUUGUUUAGUUAAUAAAUUUUAACUAGUUCAAAUCAUAUUAUUUCAUAGUAUCGAAACAAUUUUGUACAUAAUUUCUUUAUAGAAUUAAAAAUAAGGCAUAUUUUCUUACAUAUUCAACAUGUUAAACUUCACAUGAUGCGAGAUAUAUAAUUUAACAAUCCUAUGAAUUAUAAAAGUCCAAAUUAGAUCGAUUAGUCCAUAUGUCAGUGAUCAAGUUGGCCCUCAAACCACAAUGUUGAGACAUCUCAUGAGCUCUAAAUGAGCCAACUCACGAGUUAAGCUCAACAAGCCACCGAGUCGAGCUAGCUCGCGAGCUUCACGAGCUGAACAUAGCUAGGCUCAAGCUUGGCUCGUCAAUAAACGAAUCGAGUUUCGAACGAGUUUUUCCCGAUUCGAGCCUCGAGUUGCUCGCGAGUAGCUUGGCUCAUUUGCAGCCCUACCUCCAGCUAAGUAGCAAACAUCUUCAGCCUCUUUAACUAUUGACCCACCAUGUGCUAACUUAACUUUAAUACAAGUUGUCAACUCGGUUUAAUUGGUUGGUCCGGUUAAGGAAGUGGAUUGAGGGUUAAUGGCAUGGUUUGUGAAACCAUAUAUGUGGCUCAACCGUAAAUUAACAGUAUUGAGACUGAACCGGUAGAUGGUAUUUAGCGAUAUUAAUGAUUGAACUACGGGUUUAUCAUAAAAUAUCCUAUAACUGACUUUUCCGGUACAGUCUCUUGGACGGUUUCACUAAUCUUGGUUAAUGGUAAUAUUUGUUUAGCCCUGAUAUAUGAAAAAAAAUAUUAUAUUGUUCUUACAAUUAUAAAUUAUAUUGAAUUUCAUCUAACAUAUGGGCAUUAACAUAUAAUAUUACACCAAAAUAAUAGUUUGUACUUGAAUUGAACAUAUAGUGAAAAUUAAAACACCCUCAUAUCACAUCAAUAUUCAAAUGUUCAAUUUAGAAUUCCAAAUCAAAGGCAUAUGAUCAAAUCGAUAUAAAAAAGAACGGAACAACCUUUUUCAAUUCUUAUUUUUUAGAAAAUUAGUCGAACAACAUAUUAAUUAUCCUUAACAUUUCAUCAAACUUAAAAUCAUAUAAACCUCGGUAUUUAAAAAAAAACUUGAAUGUAUUUUUAAUUAACAAUCAAAUUUCUAAAUUGUAAGUCAAUCAAAUUGUAGUUUUUUUUUUCAAAAAAUCAAAUUGUAGUUAUUAAUUUGUGCUUGACCAGUUGAUUUGAGUCGUGGUUUUUUUCUUUAUCUCACUCGUAGUUAUCUUACUCGAAAUCUCUUCUUUAUUAUAUCAAGAGCAUGUGAGUGGUGUUUAAUUUAUGAUUAAUGCGAGCAACUAGCUUAACAAAAAAAAAUAGUAUAGUUAAGUUACACAAUAAACGCCAAAUUAUGGA